AUGGUCGGUCAGUCACAUCCGCGGGCACCGAGAUCGGUGGAUUAUCGUGUAUUCGUCCGCGGCAAUUCCUCUACUGUGUGUGAUGCAAUGUCUGUGUACUCUAUGCAUGUUGCUUGUUUCCGCCCUUUGCACACAAGCAAGGCCUCGCCUCGCCUGGCCGGCUGA